GCACCCGUCAGCCUAAGCAAUCCUGUUAUUUCCCCCCCCCCCACUCCCCAGGUUUCUCACAAAGAGGAGGAAUGCCUGCAGUUUAAAGCUCACCAGUUUUUCGAAGUUGGUCUCAUUCAGCCGGCAUCCGUCACAGUCUACGACUAUUACACCAUAGAUGACCGAUGCACCAAGUUCUACCACCCAUCUAACGAGAGCGGGCUCUUCAAUAUGAUCUGUCACGGGGGUGUCUGCCGGUGUGCAGAAGAAAGCUGCUUCAUGCAGCAGAAGAUAGAGGGUCCCCUCACCCUGAACAGACGAAUGGAGGAAGCCUGCGAACCUGGAGUGGAUUAUGUAUAUAAAACCAGGCUUGUUAGAAGUGAAGAAGUGGGCAGUUCUGACUACUACUUUAUGGAAAUUGUGGAAAUCAUUAAAGCAGGUAAGAGCUCCCUUCUACAAUCAGGUGCAAUUUCUUUGAAUGGCCUUUGGGAUAAAGGCCGGCAUAAGAGCUAUUUCUCUUAGACAGAGGAAGUGCUA